AUGGUGGACUGUGCCGAGGCUGAGUCCCACGCCAUCGAGACCGUUUUUCCUGAGAUAAGGAUCUACUACUGCGAUUUUCAUGUCGGUCAGCUGUGGGAGAAACAGUUGGUCAAGUUCUCGGAGGAACGGAAGAAGCAGAUGCGACCCCUUUUGAACGAGGUUCGCAGAGCCAGGUCACCUGAGUUGCAGCAGACACUCUGGACCAGGUUCAAAGAGCUUUAUUCGGCCGCAUCGUCGGUGAUCAGUUACAUUCAGAAGAAUUGGUUCAACAAGGAGGGAAGGCUGGAGAAAUGGGCGUUUUUCACAGAGAGAGAGUUUCGAUUCGCAUAUCUCAAGACUAAGAGAAGCUUCCAGCCCAUACCCUGGAGGAAAGGGGAUGAGGAGAGGAAACAGAAGGCAGACAAGGUUUCGUUCGACGAGGCACAACGCAUGAUUGAGUACAACAGUGGCCAGCCCUGCAAUGAUGGACGCUUACGGAUCUCCAUUCAGUCAUUUGACCCUGACACUCCAGAUACGUAUUAUAUCCUUGUUGUCGUCGCCAGAUCUGGUCAGCUCCUCUCAUGUUCAUGCCUCGACUUCACCAAGCGUAAACCCCUUCCGUGCAAGCACCUUUUUCUUGCUGAGCGUGUGUUUCACGACCUAUGGCUCAGCCGCUUUCUUCGCCCGUCUGCGUCGGCCGAUAUCAUCAAAGACCGGACAGACGACCUCAACGAUGGUCCCAACGACAACGCCAACAAUGAUACCAACGACAAUAUCAACAAUGACAAUAUCCACAUCAACAAUGAUGCCGGUAUUUUCGAGCAAAACUCAUUCAGGGACCAACUAGCAGUGCUUAACCCACAGGUUUACGCCCAACUCGAAUACGAGAGGGCCAGGAGGGAGGAGGAGGUAAGGCACCGGCGGAAGGAGCAGAGGAAGAGAGGCUUUGAGGAUACAGAGGAAGAGCUCCGCAACAAUGGGCGCAUGAUUGGCGAGCUGAUGAACAAAAAGUCGAAGACAUGCAGCUUGGAGGACCUACAGGCUGCCGUUGCCUCCUCCAAUACUUUGAUCCUCGCUCUGUUCUCUCAUCUGGAAUCGGUUCCCGAUCUAUUUGUAUCCCCCGCAUGA